AUGUUACAACCAUCAGCAGCAAUAACAACUUCAUCUUAUCUACCAAUUGAUCGUUCAAAUAUCAGUGGAAAUUCAACUUUAAACUUCAAUGAUUUACCACCUAAUACUUGUCAUUCAACAACUAGACUGUCUUCAUGUCCAAAUAUUUUAUCAUAUGUGGGACGAAAAGCUGUUGAUAUUGCUAGAAAAAGAAACAUUAUUCUUCUACGCGACAGUGGUAUGUCUCAACACGAAAAUUCUCGAAGAUUGAACAUUUCUCGACAUUGUAUUCGUCAAACCAUUCGCAAAUUUAAUGAACUUCAUACGGUGGCCACAAAACCUGAAGCUGGACGUCAUUCGAAACUAACAGAUCGUCGAUUUCAAAAGGAUUUUAAACGAUUUGAACAAUCUCAACAGCGGAUACACAGAAGUGGUGAUGUUGGUAUCUGGUCUUAUCUAACAUGUCAUGGUCUAGGGCCGCUGGUUUUCUACGAUGGGCCGUUAAAUUCAGAUAAAUAUAUUGAUAUACUCGACAAGCAUUUACCAACAGCACUUGACAAAUUUCUACCUCAGUCAUCUCAUGAAAUUUUACUUCAGCAAGAUAAUGCUCGUCCACAUAUAUUAAUUAAAACACGAAAAUAUUUUAAGGAAAAAGAUCUUAAUCUUAUUCCAUGGCCAGCAAAUAGUGCUGAUUUAAAUUUAAUAGAGAAUAUUUGA